GCUCACCCUGAGCGUUGUCAAGGUAACAUUUUGUCCGUCAUUCCCUUGGCCAAGGGAGUUCCAAACAAGCAACAGCUUCUAAUUCGCCAUUAACACUGAAGUAUACAGAGAUAAAACAACACAAGUAUCGAUAACCGUAUCGUUUGUCCUGAAGCUUAUCAGUAGUCCGGUAUUAACCCAGUUACGUACCGGUCCAAAAAAAUUCCGGUCCUCGGUAUCCAUCCCUACUUGUGAUACUAGGCUCUAUCAAAAUACAAAGUUUGAAUAUUUUUACUGCAAUCAUUUUUCGUAAGUUGAGUUCAAAAUUUUGUUAAAAAUUAUAUCACAUUUUAUGAUACCGAAAAUGACAGAGAAUCAGCAUUGCAUAGACACAAUACUAUAGAUACCAUCAUGUUAAUAAAGCACCACACGGAAUAGAAAGCGUCAGUCAAGUAGGUGGAUUUAACCUUGUGAGAGCAUGUGAGAGGUUUAUAACUAAGUACAUGUUGUGCUCUCACUUGUGCCAAAAAGUAAUUUCAGCUUGACCGUGGUUUUAUAAUCAUGCCACAAAUGUUUUGACCCACUCAAAAUCCACUUGCAUGUUUGUUCUUUGACCUUUGAUCUCACAUUCCUCUGUAUUUGUCCAUCCUGCUUUUGGAGGUACUUAAGUAUCUGCCCCACUGACUUCCACUCAGGCAGGAUAGCCUCUGGACUUGUUGCUGAAGUGACCUUCAUAUGGUCUUGCUUAAAUCAGAGCAUAAAGGUUGCUGGAAGGGGGGAGAAGGUUUCUUCACCAUGGUUUGUCUAUCAGAUACGGUAUGAACACAUCCGAAAUGGGCAGUGUCUGAGGAGCAGGGCUGAGAAGCACACUCUUUUAAUCGAUUCAGACCUUAACUUAAAAUAACUGCAAGAAUUAAGGCAAUACAGCAUGUCGUUCAUCCAGAAGAUUAGAUAUUUCUUUAAAAGGCAGAUUUCUAGAGUUCACAUGGCAAUGAGAGGAUUUCUUUGGCGCCGACCAGCACGUGAAGUGGCCACCAUGGCAGGGGUCACUGCUCACAAGAUCAGUAAACACAUCACCUUCCUCGCCAAUGACGUCGCUGGGACUCCCACGGCUAGCGUUUCACCUGCUCACCCUAAACCAAUACUGCUGAUGCUUCCAUGGCUGGGCUCCAGACCGCAGGCCAUUGCCAAAUACUGUGAGAUUUACUUUCGUACAGGCUUUGAUGUGCUCGUAGUAGAAAGUGAGGUGAGCCAGUUCUUGUGGCCCCGCUGGGGAUUGGAGUAUGGUGGCCGUGUGCUGGAAUUAUUAGAGAGCGAGCGCUUCUCACAGCGCCCUCUACUGGUCCAUGCUUUCUCCAUAGGUGGAUAUACGUUUGCUCAGGUGCUUGUUCAUGUGGCCAAAGACACCCAGCGUUACCAAGGCCUGACAAACAGAAUCAGGGGGCACAUCUAUGACAGCCUUGUCAUGGGAUCGCUGGAGCAUAUGGCCAACGGUCUGGGUAAAACCAUAUUGCCCCAGAUCGAAAGUAUCGUGAAGUCAGCUACCCUUCUGUACUUCCGUGUCUUUAAACACCAGACGGUUGACUACUUCAACUCAUCGAUCAGCAUUUUCUGGAACACUCCUGUGAUGGCGCCUGCUCUUUUCUUCUACUCUGAGAACGAUGCACUGUGCGAUUACAAGAACUUGGAGAAGAUGGUGGAGUUCUGGAGGAGCCGUGGCCAAACUGUCGAGAGCAAGAAGUGGAAGGAGUCUGUUCAUGCAGGUCAUCUGCGCACACACCCUCAGGAUUAUCUGUCCACCCUGGAAUACUUUGUGCAGUCUCUCAACAUGGUGCCUCUGAAGGCCAAAAUGUGAAUUUUGAAGGCCGUCACCCGUCUCAUUAAACAACCAAGGUGCCUGAAGUGCCUGAUUUUAUUGUUGCAUUGACAUUCUCAUGCUCUUUGUUCAAGUGGUACUUUGGUCUUGCAAAAUCUGACUCUUUCUCAAACUUCUUCAGUCUGUUGAAAUAUUUAUGUGACUAAAUGAAAUCCUUUUCAGCCAAAAAUUCAUACCCAGUCCAGAAAAAGAAUCUGAGCUCUUUUUGAAGACUGUAGCACUGGCAUGUUGUGGACGUGUAAUACUUUAUAAAAUCUGCUGAUAUGUGACCAGUUAGGUUUAUUGCACUACAGUGUGAAGCUCCUGUACUUUGUCCAACAUCUGUUCGGACCUUGACAUACAAAACUGCGUAUCAUUAUUUUGUUGUAGAUGUUUUUUGCUAAACUGUAAGCAUUUAGGUUUUAAGUGUUAAUAGUGAAUUAUAGUUUAUAUGACAACUUAACAUUUAACAUCUUUAGUAUGUUCAUUUGAAUAUACUGUCCUCUGAUCAUUUCUAAGUUACAUCCAAAGGAAACGAUUAUUUUUAAAUCUACAGAAAUGACUUACUUAAAUUUGUAAAGUAAAUUAAUAAAUUAAAAACAUAAUAUAAUUAAAUAUAAUACACUGUUUGACUCAAUCCUGGUAAACCUAUGCAAUGUUGUUUUUCUAGCAAUGACAGUUAAAGUGAAGGUGGUUUGUUCAGGUACCUAUGCACACAAUAUGGUAAAUACAAGUAAAGUGGGACACUUAGGUUUUUGUAUUGCAUGUUUAUGUAUUUUUGUUCUGUAUAGUGUUAUGGAAAUCUUUAGGUUAUGCCAACUUGCAUAUUUCAAAACAACGUUUAUAUCAAAUUAUCGAAGUGUCCUGCUUUACAUCAAUGCAAUAAUGAUGGUUUUUACUUUUUUGUUGCUUCAUCUUGCAAAAGUCAAAUAAAAAAUUCUGAUUGUU